AUGGCCCAGAAACCAGCAUAUCGUGUCGCGCUUCGCGGUGACGGAAUCCUGACGAGCCCCCGCUGGAACAAGGGCACCGCGUUCGACGAACGUGAACGCAAAGCAUUCGGACUCACCGGGAGGCUGCCAUAUCGCAUCAACACUCUCGAAGAGCAAUGCGAUAGAGCAUACGCUCAGCUCCAGGCGCGGCAGGAGCCUCUGCGGAAGAAUUCGUUCUUGCAGAGCUUGAAAGAUCAGAAUUGGAUCCUGUAUUAUGCGCUCAUCCAGAAGAACCUGAGGGAGCUGAUGCCGAUUGUGUAUACCCCGACCGAAGCGGAUGCGAUUGCGGAGUAUUCGCAUUUGUUCAGGAGGAGUGAGGGCAUGUAUUUGACGUAUGCGAAUCGGGACAGUAUGGAGGAAGAUUUCCUUGAACAGACGAAGGGCCGUGACCUGGAUCUCAUUGUUUGCUCGGAUGCGGAAGCUAUCCUUGGUAUUGGCGAUCAAGGUGUCGGGGUACGAUCUCAGGCUUUUAUCUCGACGGCCAAGGCCGUCAUCUAUACGCUGGUCGGUGGCGUACACCCUGCGAAGUCCAUCAGCGUAACGCUCGAUGUAGGCACGGAUAAUGAAACAUUGCUGAACGACAAACUCUACGUCGGAUGGCCACACAAGCGGGUCCGCGGCGAAGAAUACGACCAAUUUGUGGACAAGUUCGUCCAGCUCGUGAGGAAAUACUUCCCGAAGUCUCUGCUCCACUUUGAAGAUUUCGGCGUGACCAACGCUCAAAGACUGCUCGAGCUCUACCACGACAAGCACUCCGUAUUCAACGACGACGUUCAAGGUACAGGCGCCGUCACCCUCGCCACCGUCAUGGCCGCUAUCGGCGUCACGAAAUCCAAGCUCGCAGACCAACGUUUCGUGAUCUACGGCGCCGGCUCCGCCGGCCUCGGUAUAGCCCACCAACUCCGCGACGCCCUCGUCCAGCUCGACAACGUCCCUCGCGAAAAAGCCAACCAAUCAUUCUGGCUCAUCGACAAGCACGGGCUCGUCAAGCAGUCUCUCGGCGCCGCUAAUAUCCGUUCCGCCCUACAGGACUUUGUCCGCCCAGACUCGGAAUGGGACGAGAAGGGGGAGGUGGGGUUAUUGGAGGUGGUGAAGAAGGUGAAGCCGACGGUGUUGAUUGGGUGUUCGACGCAUGGAGGGGCGUUUACGGAGGAGGUGGUGAAGGAGAUGGCGAAGGGCGUGGAGAGGCCGAUUAUAUUACCGUUGUCGAACCCGAGUCGGUUGGUCGAGGUCGACCCGGCGAAGGCGAAUGAGUGGACGGAGGGGAAGGCGCUGUUGGCGACGGGGAGUCCGUUCCCUCCUGCUAAGAUGCCCAACGGGAAAGAAUACAUUAUCGCGGAGUGCAACAAUGCACUCAUCUACCCCGGUCUCGGCCUCGGCUCCAUAAUCUCUCAAUCGCGCACACUCACUGACAGCAUGAUCCUCGCCGGAACCCAACGUCUCGCCUCGCUCUCUCCCGCCCUCAAAGACCCGGACAAUGCCCUCCUUCCCGACUUCGAGGACGCACCGGACGUGAACCACGAGGUGGCGAUCGCGGUGGCGGAGCAGGCUAUUGAGGAGGGAAGCGCGGGUGUGAGUUGGGGGAAGGAGGAGGUGAGGAAGAGGGCGGAUGAGGUGAGGUGGGUGCCAGAGUAUAGCGAAUAUGAGUAUGAUCCGGAGGGGGAGAGGUGA